AUGAUAACGAAACACAAAUUUCUUGUAGAUGCGUGUGUAGAAUAGAACUAAUUUUCUGAAUAAUUUUGUGUGAAAGAAAGUUAUUACUUGUUCAAGUUUCAGUAUAUUAAUACUAAAAGAUUGAAUAACACAAACUCAAAGUUUUCUUUAUUUUCCGUCAAAUAUAACAGAAUUCAUUUAAAUAAAGAUCUGCGUCUAUCGCAAAUAUGGCCGUCCUGUAAUGAUUUGGUGGUCAGUGAUAUUAUAGUUAUUUCGUCUCAUUUGUAAUAUCAAAAUGGAGCUGCGUGUCGGUAAUAAAUACCGACUGGGUCGUAAAAUUGGCUCUGGAUCUUUUGGGGAUAUUUAUUUAGGAACCAACAUUGUGACAAGGGAGGAGGUUGCAAUCAAACUAGAAUGUAUUAAAACACGACAUCCACAGUUACACAUAGAGAGUAAAUUUUACAAACUAAUGCAAGGAGGAGUUGGUAUUCCUGCAAUAAAAUGGUGUGGUUCAGAAGGCGACUACAAUGUGUUAGUAAUGGAGUUGCUAGGUCCUUCUCUAGAGGAUCUUUUUAAUUUCUGUUCGCGCCGAUUCUCUCUCAAGACUGUUCUCCUACUAGCAGAUCAACUUAUCACCCGCAUUGAAGACAUACAUUACAGGAAUUUCAUUCAUAGAGAUAUAAAGCCUGAUAAUUUUCUCAUGGGAUUAGGAAAAAAAGGAAAUUUAGUGUACAUAAUAGAUUUUGGUUUAGCAAAGAAGUACAAAGAUCCCCGAACCCAGCAGCAUAUACCAUACAGAGAAAACAAAAACUUAACAGGCACAGCGCGAUACGCAUCUAUAAACACACACUUGGGCAUCGAGCAGUCGCGUCGUGAUGACCUGGAGUCGCUGGGCUACGUGUUGAUGUAUUUCAACCGCGGCAGUCUGCCCUGGCAGGGCCUCAAGGCCGCCACCAAACGACAGAAAUACGAAAGAAUAUCCGAGAAGAAAUUGUCCACGCCCUUUGAUGAAUUAUGUAAAAACCAUCCGAUCGAAUUUCAAUUGUACUUGAAGUACUGCCGGCGACUGCGCUUCGAGGAGCGGCCCGACUACAGUCACCUGCGCCAGCUCUUCCGCACUCUAUUCCACCGGCAAGGGUUCACUUAUGACUAUGUCUUUGAUUGGAAUAUGCUCAAAUUUGGAGGUCCACGGGGCAACUACCUGCCCGGCGGCAACGACCGCACGCUCAGACGCCACGAGCAGAACCAGGAGCCGGAGACCACGGCGGGCGCGGCCGGGCAGCCGAGCACGACGGUGGCGGCCAUCUCUGAGUGGCGGUGAGUGAGAUCUCCGGCGCCGCAGAGAUAGCCGCAGCUGGUGCCGCGGCGUGACCGCUGCACCGAGCGCGCCCGCGCCCGCGCCCGCGCCCUCGCCCGCGCCGCGCCUUACCAACCCUCGGGACGGCACCCUAAGCCAAAUAUUCCACCUCGUAAGUGCUAAACUUAAUCGAAAACAACAAAUUUUGUACGCAUUCAGAUUUAAACUAUUCGUAUAUUGUAAAUUAUUUAAUUUUAGACUUUACGAGUGAGGGCUGAACUAAUAUGUGUACGUUUUUAAAUGUGACUCAUUUAAGCAUAGCUGGUAAUUAGGCCUAUUGCAUCCAUUGUACUUUACGCUCAGUUAUAAUUUAGAUAUUAAGGUACAGGAGCGGGAAUUGAUGACCAUUUGUCCCUCCUACGCAGACGAAAUGGCUUAGGUGUAGUAGAUGUAAUCAAAGAUUUUAAUACAUAUAUAGGUCCUUAUGUACAUAUGGUUGUUACUAACAUAUAAUAAUUGCCACAGUGUUUUAUUUAUCAAUUAGCGAAUAAAGUUUUCUUUUGUUUGAAUAAAAUGCAUAGAAAUUUUUUGUUUGCGUUUUGUUACAUUUUCUUUCGUAUAAAGCUAUCUCCAAUAUUCUUAUUUGACCACAUUAUAUAUCUCAGUAAUGUGGCAUCCUAUUCAUUCAAUUGUGGCAUUUUUUAAUAUCCCUUCUUUUCAUUUUGUGAAACAAACCUGUUAUUUAUAAAUGUACAUGUUUGGGCUUUAUCAUUUAUUUGACAAGUGACAAUUGCCGAGUCAUUUUAAGUGACAAUUUGCAACAGGUCAUUCAUUCAAUUUUUAUAGUCAUUCUUUACGAAUGAAUGAUUAUUUAAAAGUCAAUCAUUCGUACUUCGACAUCUGAGACGAAAGUAAUUUGUGUAGAUGACGUGGUCUAUGUAUGCAUUAAAAUCUUUGUGUAUAAUGCAUUUAUCUGAUUUGCAUCGGAUUGUGUUAUGGCAAUAUGUUUAUACACCAACAGUGUUUAUUAAUAAUAAAUAAUCACUAAGGCCAAAAUGUUAUUACUUGGUAAUUCCAUCUAUUUAAAUGUUUUUUAUUGUGACUAAAAUGUGCAAUUUUAUAACUAACAAAUAUUAAGUUCAUAAAGAAAAUAUUAGCUAAUUUCUUGUAACCUUGGUAUUAUGUUAAAAUUUGUCUUCCAUGUUUAUAAGCCGUAAACAUGAUUAAAAUGUAGCGAUGACAAAGUUUUAAUAUGGGAAAAUUAUUCCGAUGCUGAAUGUCAUGUCUCGAACACUGCCACAGAUUAAAUAGAUUAGUGUAUGUUACACAAGAAUAUAUCCAUUUUGUAAACUUUAAGUAAUAUUGGAAAUUGCAUUAAUAUUAAUGAAUAUGGCGACAAAGUUUUCGGACGAAAAGUAUAAAAAUUAAAUUAGCAUUUAAAAUGUGUCAAUCACUACUAUUUGUUUUUUCCGGAUUUAAAGUCGAUUUUUUGUUUUUUUUUCUUGUUUGUCACACGCUGCUUAUUUGUGGGGAUGAAUAUUCCUCUUAAUUUUUUUUUAAUUUCGAAUCUUACAAACUGUGAUCUCAUAUUGUUUACCAAAAUCUUUGCCUUCAGUAAACUAUUGAAGUAUCUACUACUUCUUACUGUCAAGGUGAGAGUAUAAACAAGAUUGGAGUUUUUUUUCUUUUUAAUUUGAAUAUUCUAAACUUGAAAUGGUAAUAAUACUUUUUUUUUGUAAAUAUUAAUAUAAGAACUUAUUUGCUGUAUUUACUUAUGUAAAAUGUAUCAAAUGAUCGCAUUAUGACCGCAUGUAUUACAUUUACAACGCCACGAGGGUAAAGUAAGUUGGACUCAAUUUGGCGUGUGGUUCGUGUGUUUGUAUGAGUGUCGUUAAUAUAGUCCCACGCGCCAAUUUGAAUCAAACUAUCUACAGUCCGAACCAUCCAUCUCUGAUGUGACUGAGAAUCGGGUUCAAUAAUCCUAUGUAAAUAUUAAUUAAUUUUGUGUUGGUGACUGCAAAGUUAAGCUAUACUGAUAGAAUCGCUAUGAUUUUAAUAAAAAAAAAUAUUACUAUCAUUUUCUUUAUAAUUUAGUGUAAAUUUUCCAUGUGAUGAUAUGGAACAUGUAUGUAAUGAUUUGAAAAUAAAAUUAAUUUCUUUUUAAAUAAAUACAAUUAUUUUUUUCAUUCGCAUAUAUC